ACUCUCUCUCCCCUUGUUUCUCUCCUAAUCGUAGAGUUCGGUAGUUUACCAAAAAAUAAAAAUCCUAGAGUUCGGUAGUUGAUAAGUGUUCUGCACAUGGUCGGUGCUUCAAGAUUUACAUUUGUUUUGCCUCCAUUUCUCAGAGAGCCUUCUUCUCUGCUUCUCUGGAAUUUACCAGUGAAAGAAACCUCAAGAGAAACAGAAAGCUCUGCCUUCUGGUUUGAGAGAGAGAGAGAGAUGCUCUGCUGCGGCAGACUUUUGGCCGUGUCUUUCCCCGUAAAUCGGUGCAGUCCGUACAAACUGCAUAGCGCCGGCUGCUCCAAAUUCAGCUACCCAAGAAGCCCCAUAUCAACAAGCAGCUCCAGAUGGCGAUCCCUGGCCAUGGCUUCGGAGCCCGACUCCUCCUCUUUCGCUCCGUCUGUCGAUUCUGAUCCCAAUCCCGCCGCCGAUACAAACCCCGCCGGAUUUUGUAUCAUAGAGGGGCCUGAAACAGUGCAGGACUUUGCCACAAUGGAGCUGCAAGAAAUUCAAGAUAAUAUUCGGAGUCGGCGCAACAAAAUUUUCUUGCAUAUGGAGGAGGUUCGCAGGCUGAGGAUACAACAGCGGAUUAAACGCGCAGAGCUUGGAGCGGUAAAUGAAGAUCAAGAAAACGAACUUCCUAGUUUUCCAUCAUUCAUUCCAUUUUUGCCUCCCCUGAGUUCAGACAACCUUAAGCAGUAUUAUGCUGUAUGUUAUUCAAUUAUUGCGGGGUUUAUCCUUUUCGGUGGCCUCAUAGCACCCUCCUUGGAGUUGAAGCUUGGAAUAGGAGGCACAUCGUAUAAAGAUUUUAUAGUAAAUAUGCAUCUGCCGUUGCAGUUGAGUCAAGUUGAUCCCAUAGUGGCGUCGUUUUCUGGAGGAGCAGUUGGAGUGAUCUCAGCAUUGAUGGUAGUUGAAAUAAACAAUGCGAAACAGCAGGAGCAUAAACGAUGCAAAUAUUGUCUUGGAACUGGAUAUCUUGCUUGUGCUCGUUGCUCCAGCACUGGAACCCUUGUUCUUACUGAACCAUUAUCGACAGCUGAUGGCGGAAACCAACCCCUAUCUCUGCCAAAAACUGAACGAUGUUCAAAUUGCUCAGGAGCGGGAAAGGUAAUGUGCCCGACAUGCCUUUGCACUGGAAUAGCGAUGGCAAGUGAACACGACCCUCGGAUCGAUCCCUUUGAUUAGAAGUGGAGCGGCAUCGGUAGUCGUUCCCUUACCACUUACAACCUUCUUUCUUUCUUUUGAUGCAAAUGCAAUACAUACAUCCUCUCAUAAGUCGUGUCAUAAGCAAGGAACGUCUGUAUACAUCAACUGUUCAACUUUGUUUUAAAACAUCUUUCUGGUGAAGAAUCAAUUUCUUUCGAGGUAU